GCGAAUCCGUGGCCAGACGACUGACGGCUAGCGCCUCUGUGAAAUAGAAUGAACAUGUAUCUAACUGUGUUGUUGUUGGUGUUGACUUUAUAUGGUGUCCCUUCAACCGGACAAAAGAAAAAGGAGACCCUGCUCUCUGAGAAGGUAGGUCAGUUGAUGGACUGGACAGGGAGAAGAGCUGUGAUCCGUAUGAACGGGGAGAAGUUCCGUCGCUUUGUGAAGGCUCCUCCCAGGAACUACUCUGUGGUCAUCAUGUUCACCGCUCUGCAGCCACAGAGACAGUGUGGUGUCUGCAAACAGGCUGACGAGGAGUACCAAAUCCUAGCUAAUUCCUGGCGUUACUCCACUGCCUUCACCAACAAGGUCUUCUUCGCUACCGUCGACUUUGAUGAAGGAUCUGACGUCUUUCAGAUGUUGAAUAUGAACUCGGCUCCCUCCUUCAUCCAUUUUCCUGCUAAAGGGAAGCCUAAGAAGUCUGACUCCUAUGAGCUGCAGGUCAGAGGCUUCGCUGCAGAACAGCUGGCCCGCUGGGUCGGGGACCGCACUGACGUACAGAUCCGUGUGAUCCGUCCUCCUAACUAUGCGGGGCCGUUGAUGCUGGGAUUCCUGCUGGCAGUGAUAGGAGGACUGGCUUACCUCCGCAGAAACAACCUGGAAUUCCUCUACAACAAGAACGUCUGGGCCUUCUCUGCUCUGUGUUUCUGCCUGAUCAUGACUUCAGGUCAGAUGUGGAACCACAUUAGAGGACCUCCCUACGCCCACAAGAACCCCACCACUGGACAAGUGAGUUACAUCCACGGCAGCAGUCAGGCCCAGUUUGUAGCAGAAACUCACAUCGUGCUGCUCUUCAACUCUGCUGUUACCAUGGGGAUGGUGCUGUUGCACGAGGCUGCCACGUCAGAUAUGGACAUUGGCAAGAGGAAAAUCAUGUGUGUAGCAGGGAUCGGUCUGGUGAUGCUCUUCUUCAGUUGGCUGCUGUCCAUCUUUAGAGCUAAAUACCAUGGAUACCCUUACAGUUUCCUGUUGAGUUAGAGAGCUGGGAGGAAGAAGCCUGGAAGUUCCAAAGUGCCUCGGACACCUCACACACCACAACACCACAACAACACAACAACACAACACCACAACACAACAACACACCACCACAACACCACAACACAACACCACAACACCACAACACCACAACACCACAACACAACAACACCACAACACAACACCACAACACCACCACACCACCACAACACAACACAACAACACCACAACACCACCACAACACCACAACACCACAACACCACAACACAACAACACCACAACACAACACCACAACACAACAACACCACAACACAACAACACCACAACACCACAACACAACACCCACAACACAACAACACCACAACACAACAACACCACAACACCACCACAACACCACCACACCACCACAACACACCACCACCACAACACCACAACACAACAACACCACCACAACACCACCACACAACAACACCACCAACACACCACAACAACACAACACCACAACACAACACCACCACAACACCACAACACAACAACACCACCACAACACCACCACACAACAACACUACAGCAACACACCACAACAACACAACACCACAACACCACAACAACACAACACACCACAACACCACAGCAACACACACACAACAACACAGCAACACACCACAACAACACAACACCACAACAACACAAUACACCACAACACCACAGCAACACACCACAACAACACACCACAACAACAACACAACACACACAAACAACACAGCAACACACCACAACAACAACACAACACACCACAACAACACAGCAACACACCACAACAACAACACAACACACCACAACAACACAGCAACACACCACAACAACACAGCAACACACCACAACAACAACACAACACACCACAACAGCACAACAACACACCACAACAACAACACAACACACCACAACACAGCAACACACCACAACAACAACACAACACACCACAACAACACAGCAACACACCACAACAAAACAACACAACACACCACAACAACAACACAACUACCACAACAACACAGCAAUACACCACAACAACAACACAACACACCACAACAACACAGCAACAUACCACAACAACACAACACACCACAACAGCACAACAACACACCACAACAACACCAAAAUAACACAACAACACCACAACACAACAACAAACCACAACAACACACCAACACAGGACAACAACACACGACGAUACACCACACCAUAACACCACAAGAACACACCACAACAACAUAACACACCACACUACAACACACCACACUGUUCAUCUGGCUUUGGCUUUAUCUCCUCUGUUACUAGAAACUACCAGGACAUUGUUUACAAUGACAUUUACAAAGUUCAGAAUGUCUUUUUAUAAAUAAAUAAAAUAGAUAUGAAGGUGACCAUUGACACCAGAUUUGUCAUAACAGCCAGUACUACCUACAGUAUGGUGGUGAGGAUGUACUACCUACAGUAUGGUGGUGAGGAUGUUCUACCUACAGUAUGGUGGUGAGGAUGUUCUACCUACAGUAUGGUGGUGAGGAUGUACUACCUACAGUAUGGUGGUGAGGAUGUCCUACCUACAGUAUGGUGGUGAGGAUGUCCUACCUACAGUAUGGUGGUGAGGAUGUUCUACCUACAGUAUGGUGGUGAGGAUGUACUACCUACAGUAUGGUGGUGAGGAUGUCCUACCUACAGUAUGGUGGUGAGGAUGUCCUACCUACAGUAUGGUGGUGAGGAUGUUCUACCUACAGUAUGGUGGUGAGGAUGUUCUACCUACAGUAUGGUGGUGAGGAUGUUCUACCUACAGUAUGGUGGUGAGGAUGUUCUACCUACAGUAUGGUGGUGAGGAUGUUCUACCUACAGUAUGGUGGUGAGGAUGUUCUACCUACAGUAUGGUGGUGAGGAUGUUCUACCUACAGUAUGGUGGUGAGGAUGUUCUACCUACAGUAUGGUGGUGAGGAUGUUCUACCUACAGUAUGGUGGUGAGGAUGUCCUACCUCCAUUUCCUCUAUGUGGAUAGAACAUCCUUAUCCUCCAUUUCCUCUAUGUGGAUAGAACAUCCUUAUCCUCCAUUUCCUCUAUGUGGACAGAACAUCCUUUUCCUCCAUUUCCUCUAUGUAGAUAGAACAUCCUUAUCCCUCCUCCAUUUCCUCUAUGUGGAUAGAACAUCCUUAUCCUCCAUUUCCUCUAUGUGGACAGAACAUCCUUAUCCCUCCUCCAUUUCCUCUUUCUACAUGGAUGAUAAGGAUGUUCUGUCUACAUAAAGGACAUUGAGAUAUUGGUGUACAGUGUUUGUACUGGUCUAUGCAUCUAAAGCAUUAUGGUUCUACACAUGUUGGUUGCACUGGUCUAUGAACCUAAAGCAUUCUAUGGGUCUAUGGUUCUACACAUGUUGUACCGGUCUAGCGUGUUGAUGAUCAGUACAGACUGGGUUAGAGAAAGAAGAGGGUCUGUAACUGAGUGUUGGGGUAUGGAGGGUUAUGUGAUAUCUGACUGAGCUGCUGUAUGUCUCUGUCUGUCUCAGGUGGUGGUGAUGCCUGUUACCAUUAAAGUGCCUUAAUGACUA